AUGCCAUUAACAGAUGGUGUUAUGAAUUUUCAACUUGGACCAAAUUCAACAUUAAUGAUCAGGAAUCCAGUUCAUGGAGGAAAGUUUGGUCAGUUCAAUGUGACAUGCACAGAUAAUAUUACAAAUGCGACUUUCCAUGUUUAUCUUACUAAAGAACCAAGAUUAUUAUCAAAUAAUACACUGAUAUCGGUAAUUGAAAACACCGUAGUUCUACUGAACGUUGAUUGUUCGGCUGAAGGAUACCCAAAACCCAGUACAUGGUGGAAAAUUGGUAAAAAUGUCCUGACCAAAAUGAACGGUACUAUUAAGUCUCAGUCAUUAAAGCACCAUGAUGAUAACGUGGGAUUCUCGGGGACAUACCGUGUUCUAAGCAAUGGAAGUUUAAGUAUUCAUGGAUCGUUCAAGAAGGCUCCAUCUGGUCGGGAUUAUUACACUUGUAUUGCAAGAAAUACAAUCGGAAAUCGUAGCCAAAGCUAUUCUAUUGAAAUUGAAAAAUUGGAGACCUAUUCAUUCGAAACAAUAUUGCCGCCAGAACAGCUCGUUAAUUUGGGCAAAAGAGUGCGUGAUAAGGUCGAAAGUGUAUUUAAUCAGGGAAAACUCUAUCAUUCAUUUAACAUCACUUCUAUUGAUCCGUCAACUGGUAAGGUGAAAUUUGAUCUAACGUGGAAAGAGAGGGUUCUGGAUAAUACUUAUGGUAGGCCAAGGGACAUUACAAAACUAGCCGAUGAUGUUCACAGGGCUUUGGUAAAUGGAAAACUUGGCCCCAAGAAACUUAUAGUCUAUGGACCACCAGCACCGCCUACACGCCUUACUGACAUAGACACGGAACAAGAUAGCGUCACUAUUGGUUGGGAACAUCCUAAGUACUUUGAGAUCGACUAUUAUCAUAUUCAAAUUUGGCAGGCGUCAAGCCAUACGUGGCAAAACACCAGUAAAGUUCGCGGUACAAAAACGAGAGCCACUAUUGGUGGUUUGGAAUCAGAUACAUUUUAUAAUGUAUCAAUGUACAGUGAAAAUAAAUACGGUGUUAGUCAGAAAAAAUCUAACGUUAUUGAAGUGAAAACAAUGAAAGAAAAUAAUAAGGGUUCGGAUAGUGUGAUAAUUGUAGCCAUCGUUAUUCUAAUAAUCGUGGCCGCUUUGGUAGUUCUACUUGGAUCUUUUUACUACUUUCGACGGAGACGAUCUUUUUCUCAAGGGGAUGGAGCUAAUCUUUCACUUUCAAACCCGUACGAGCGAUCGAUUCCGGGCGUUUCGCCUCAAGAGAUUUACAUCGAAAAUGAAAAGUUAUUUUGUCCGAGCGGGCAAUUUGGAAUUGGGGAAAAGCAAGAAUAUUUCUCAUGGAAGGAAGUAUCACGUGAUGCUUUACUAAUGGGAGAUAUUUUGGGUCAGGGGGAGUUUGGCCUGGUCAUGAAAGCGGUGCUGACAAGCGAAAAGUCUAGUGACAUGACAGUUGCUGUUAAGAGUGUCAAAGACAUUGCUACUGAUUCUGAUCGCAAAGAACUUUUCAAGGAAUUAAGAUUAAUGGCCAAUGUUGGCGAUCAUCCGAAUAUUGUUAAUUUAGUUGGAGCUUGUUCAAGAGGAGGGCGAUUAUUAUUGAUUGUGGAAUAUUGUGAGCACGGAAGUUUGUUGGACUUUCUUAAAAGUCAUCGACAAGACGUAGCUGAGAAUGGAACGUUUCUGACUUCAUUAGACCAGUUGACAAGAUUGAGAUUUGCAUACGAUGUCUCGAAAGGAAUGGCCUAUCUCGAGACCAAGAAGAUUGUCCAUCGCGAUUUGGCGGCAAGAAACGUUCUCUUGGGAAAGCAUAAAGUUGCCAAGGUGUCUGACUUUGGUUUGUCGCGUGAUAUAUACGAAACUGGGUUGUAUCAGAAAACGACAUCGGGUAGACUACCGGCAAGGUGGAUGGCAAUCGAGUCGUUGCAAGACGCAAAGUAUACUUCAAAGAGCGAUACAUGGUCGUUUGGUGUUUUAAUGUGGGAAAUUGAGACAGGAGGAAUGGUGCCGUAUGCUGGCGUGGAAUCCCAAGAAUUAAUAUUAUACUUAUUGCGUGGUAGCCGUUUAUCUAAACCGUCUGAAACUUCACCUAAAGUAUUUGAAAUAAUGAAAUCAUGUUGGCAAACCAAUGCAGAUUCCAGACCGGAUUUUAAAGACUUGGUUUUCGCAUUAGAAAAAAAAGUCGAGGAUGGCUCGAACUAUGUACCAGUAGUUAUUGAUGAUGGCAUGAAAGAUUGCGAAAAGCAAGAUAAUUCCUAUGUCAACUGGCAACCUGGUCUCGUAUAGAUCAAGGAAUGGAAGUAGCAAAUAACUAUAGGAAACUAUAUAUAACUAUACACUGGUAAAAAUAUUGAAUCACGCUGGUCCAAAUUAACUAAAUUUCUCCAACUCGUGUAGGCUUAUAUCGUCAGGGGGCAACCUACAUAAAAUUGAGAGCAGUCCGUAAAAUGAAAAGCUUUUAAUUUUUAUUGCUAAGACCGCUGGAAAACUGAGCCCACUGUACUGGGAGAAAAUGACAACGAAUUGCAGUGUAUUUUGGUUUAGAAAUCCUGGGAGUAGAAAUAAAAGGAGAGUUGACUUGACUGUAAGCUUAACUGGGCCCGGCUGAUUUCUUUUGUACGCCGUUGCUAUUGUGAUUAUGUAAAAAUGAAUAUAAACCCCCAAUUAAGCGAUCUAGCGACGGCCUGACCUCAUGUACUACACAGCGGCUUGUAGCUACGAUACUUUUCUGAGGCUGCCUAGCUAGACAAGCGCAAUAAUUGAGUCAGUACAAAACAAUACAUGCUAGAAACGUCUGCGUAUGCGUCAGUAACCAAUG